GCUUGGGCAGCGUUGCAAGUGCAGCCGAGGGCGGUGCUGCAGGUACACCCGAGGGCACCGCAGCGAGUGAGCGCCAGGUCCCUGCAUCAGCCAGGACACCAGAGCCCAGUCGGGUGGACGGACGGAAAUGCGCGCUGGGCCCGCCCCGCUCGGGACCUGAAGGGAGACCCGCCACGCUGAGCCGGAUUUUGGCAGCCGCCGCAGAGCCUUUGGAUUUCGUGGCAGCCGCAGAGCCUUGUUCCCGUCAGGCCCCUGUCCGUGUCCCCCGAGACGCCUCCCUGAGCCUCGGUGACCUCCCUGCAGCACGCCCUCCCUUCGGCUCCGCGGGUGCUUCCGGGGGAUUCCCGCAUGCUUCACUCUCCCGCUCACAGCUUCCCACGAGGUUCGCGUCCAGCUAUUUCCUCCUCCGCUCUGCCCUUCUGUCGCUCUCUCGCUUCCUUUCUCCCUGCGACUCACGUGUCCCCUGUUGUCAAGCUGGCUGUCAAGGCCCACAUCCUUAGUUAGGCCCCUUCUCCCUUCCCUGGUUCUUGUUUCAUAAACCCCCCCCCUUCUCGGACCCUCUCCCCCGGAGCGAGCAAGAUGAGGAGAGGUGCACCUCGGCAAAUCCGGAAGCAGAACUUCAUCCAAGAAGGAGGGGACCGAUAGGUCAUCCCAUGUGACAGUUGAAGGCUGCAGCCACAGGCCCUAGCAGUUGAAUCCCUGAAGUCCAGGGAAUGCUUCUGGCCUGAGGUGACCCAGCUCUUCUGCCAUCAUGAACAGGGCCCCUCUGAAGCGGUCCAGGAUCCUGCGCAUGGCGCUGACUGGAGCCUCUGCUGUCUCCGAGGAGGCAGACAGCGAGAACAAGCCAUUUCUGCUCCGGGCUCUGCAGAUCGCGAUAGUGGUCUCUCUCUACUGGGUCACCUCCAUCUCCAUGGUAUUCCUCAACAAGUACCUGCUGGACAGCCCCUCCCUGCAGCUGGAUACCCCCAUUUUCGUCACGUUCUACCAAUGCCUGGUGACCUCACUGCUGUGCAAGGGCCUCAGCACUCUGGCCACCUGCUGCCCUGGCAUGGUAGACUUCCCCACCCUAAACCUGGACCUCAAGGUGGCCCGAAGUGUGCUGCCACUGUCCGUGGUCUUUAUCGGCAUGAUAACCUUCAAUAACCUCUGCCUCAAGUAUGUAGGGGUGGCCUUCUACAACGUGGGACGCUCGCUCACCACCGUGUUCAAUGUGCUUCUCUCCUACCUGCUGCUCAAACAGACCACUUCCUUCUAUGCCCUGCUCACCUGCGGGGUCAUCAUUGGUGGUUUCUGGCUUGGUAUAGACCAAGAGGGAGCUGAGGGCACCCUGUCCCUUACGGGCACCAUCUUCGGAGUGCUGGCCAGCCUCUGUGUCUCACUCAAUGCCAUCUAUACCAAGAAGGUGCUGCCUGCAGUAGACCACAGUAUCUGGCGCCUAACCUUCUAUAACAAUGUCAACGCCUGUGUGCUCUUCUUGCCCCUGAUGGUAGUGCUGGGUGAACUCCAUGCCCUCUUGGCCUUUGCUCAUCUGAACAGUGCCCACUUCUGGAUCAUGAUGACACUGGGUGGCUUGUUUGGAUUUGCCAUCGGCUAUGUGACAGGACUUCAGAUCAAAUUCACCAGUCCCCUAACCCAUAAUGUGUCAGGCACGGCCAAGGCCUGUGCGCAGACAGUGCUGGCUGUGCUCUACUACGAAGAGAUUAAGAGCUUCCUGUGGUGGACAAGCAACUUGAUGGUGCUGGGUGGCUCCUCUGCCUACACCUGGGUCAGGGGCUGGGAGAUGCAGAAGACCCAGGAGGACCCCAGCUCCAAAGAUGGUGAGAAGAGUGCCAUUGGGGUGUGAGCUCCUUCAGGGACCCAGGGCUGAGCUCAGGUAGGGCCUGCCCAGCACUGAAGGCUUCCCAUAGAGCCGACUGGGUAUAGCCCUGAGCAAUAUUGUUUACAUCCUCCUCAGAAGAUGAUCUAAGAGGAGCCAGGUUCUUUCCUGGUCAUGUCAGAAAGCUGCCAAAUCUCCUGUCUGUCCCAUCUUCUUGUCUUGGGAAAGCCCUGGUGGGAAAGCCCUGGUGGGAGCCCUUCCUGCCUCCUGGGGCCUGUCUACCUCCAUAUCGCCUCUGGGGUUGGGGCCAGGUGCACUCUUUGGGGACUGGACUGAUGAAGUGAUGUCUUACUUUCUACACAAGGGAGAUGUGUUGUGACCCCACUAUAGCUAGUUGAAGGGAGCUGGGUGACCCACAUCUCUGGGUCCCUGGGCAGGUAGCAUAAUAGCUCAGGUGCUAUUAACAUCAGUAACACUCUAGCUACAGUUGGGAGCUGAGCAAAGAGAGAGAAAUGGCCAUUUUGCCCUCUUCUGUGUGAGUGGGUAUGACAGACCAACUGUCUAUGGGAGCUACACCCAGGGUGGCUGAUGAGAAAACACUCACCUCUGCACUCCAUAUUUUCAACUUUAGAACCGGGGGAGCCACACGUUUUGCAGAUUAAGUAGAGUGAUGAAUGCCUCUACAGCCCCUAACCCUGCUUUUCCUGCCUGGCUUCUCUUGGCCCAGAGGGGCCACCAUCCUGUUCUCCAACACCUGGCUCAGCUACCUAGCUGUACCCUCUUUCUGUACUCCCCAUUAGUCCCCACCCCCAACACCUCCAUCUGCAAGCAGGAAGUGGGGUCCACUCAUAGCCUCUGUUCCCAUGUGCUUGGACCCCCAGGCCCCUCUUGAUGGUAAGAGACCUUGAAGGUAUGUUCUCUGAGGCUGGGGCUGAAGGAGCCCACUGAUUCUCAGAGUUGGCCCAUCCAGCUCCUGUCACAAAAUAGCCUAGACCAUGUGGCUAAGAACAGUGGAGGUUGGUUUAUAACUGUCCUGGAGGCAGCAAAGCCCACAUCAAGUACGCAUAGAGCCAGUGUUUCUGAGGAAACCCCUCUGUCUGCAUCCUCACAUGGUAGAGGCACAGGUAAACUCCCUCAGGCCUCUUGUAUAGGAGUACUAGCCCUGUGAGGUCUCCACCCCAUGACCUAAUCACCCCCAAAGCCUUCAACAUAAGGACUCCAACAUGAAUUUGGGGACAGAAGCACUCAGACCAUGAUGCCCAAGCCCACACCCUCCUAACCUCAGGGUAGCUGUCACUGUCUUAGUCCCUUCUGUUUGGCCUUUUGUACCCCCAUUUCCUUGGGGUAAUAUUUGAUGUCUGUGUCCCUUUUGUGAGAAGAUGGGGAAACCAUGUUCAGCCUUUGAUUCCUACUUCCCACGUGUUCUAAUGAAGUUGGUGGGGCCUGAUGCCCUCAAUUGUAUGUUUAAUUAAAAAAAAAACAAAAAAACAAAAAAGAUUUAGCAUGUGUGUAUGGACUGAGAGACACAGAACCCAGUGGGGAUCUGAAACCCGAGUCUGUGAAGACCCAGCUACAACAAGGCAGCCUUCCUGGUCCUGCAAGGACAAGGAUUUUCCAGAUACCUACUCUGGGAAGUGGGUAUCCAGAAUUCAAGUUUCCAUCAGUACCAGCUGCCACCGCUGCCACUGGCUGUGUGUUUACUGAGGGCAGACAUGGCACUAAGACUGUCUACCUGUCCCCCACCUUCACAGCCAUUGCUACUGUGUGGGAUGGGAGCCAUCACUGAUCCCCCAUCUUACAGAUGAGGACACUGAGGUUCAGAGAGGCUUGUGAGUAGCAGCAGAGUUCAGAGGGAGAGCCUCCUGCCUGUCACGCAGCUGGUGCUCAGAAGAGUGCCUGCUCCCUCAGCCUGGAGUGCAUGCCCUUUCCUUCAGAUGAGGAAGAAGAUCAAAACUGCAUUAGCCUGUUCACUAUAUGACCAACCCCUAACCAGACUGCCUGGAGGAGGAGGGUCUGUUGUGGUUCCCAGCUUCAGAGGUGUCAGUUCACAAUGGUAGGCCAUAUGAAUAGGACACCCAAGUGUAUUGGGUCCUUGAGUCAAUGUUGACCCUGUGAUUCAGUCACUCCUACCAGAAGAAUAUAGUGUGGAUGAGGGAUGGGAGUAAUGCCGAGGGCAAAGGGGGCUUUUUGAGGUGUGUUAGAUGGAGGUUUCUGCUUCCUGUAUACACCUGUGAGCAUUGAAUAGGAAGGCCCAUGGAAGAGGACACCCCCCACACGAGUCCUUCCCCUUGUCUCAACAGAGAGGAGUGCUGCCACCUGGCACCCCUCUGCAAGGCCAGCAGAAUCACCCACCCCACAUCUAAAGAAACUGUGGAAACAACAUACAUCAAUAGACUCCUAACACACUCGCCUAGGAUAUGGGCUGGAUUAUUUGAAGGACACUGGGGUUCCUUAUAGAA